ACUCAACAGGAUUAUGGACUCUAGGGGAAAGGAUUGUAGAGGAAAGUCAAAAUGGAGACGUGAAGACUGAAGAGGGAAAACCGUUAAAAACGGGAGAAAAUAUUGAAUUUGCUUCUAAGUCGGAACUAUAUAUGCGGGCGUGUAGCGAGAGAGAGAGAGAGAGAGAGAGAGAGAGAGGAGGGAGAGGAGUUGGAGGUUGGUGAAUUUCAACAAUGAUAGAAUGGCUAAAACAACUACGAAAAUCAUUUGGGUUUUCAUUCCUCUGGCUUAUCUGCUUGAUUUACUUCACCCAGGGUUUCAGAACUUUUGUAUGGACAGCAGUUUCCUACCAGCUAAAAGACAGGCUUAAGUUGUCACCCUCAGCCUCUCAAUUUGUGUAUUCAAUAGCAAUCUUCCCAUGGAGCAUAAAACCAUUAUAUGGAAUUUUGUCCGACUGUAUUCCAAUUGGAGGAAGAAAAAGGAUUCCAUACUUGGUGGUUGCAUCCAUAUUCUCUCUUUUUCCAUGGCUCGUUUUAGGCCUAAAUGCACCCCUAAUGGAUUCCAAAGUGCACCUCAUGAUCUCCUUAACAGUGCAGAACCUUGGCUCAGCCAUGGCAGAUGUUGUGGUUGAUGCAAUGAUUGCAGAGGCAGUAAGAUUUGAAAGGGCUGCAUUUACUGGAGACCUCCAGUCACUAUCUUGGUUGGCAAUGGCUAUUGGAGGAAUAUGUGGGAGUUUGUUGGGAGGAUAUGCAUUAACUAACAUAGAAAUAGGUCAAAUAUUUCUUUUAUUCUCUUUACUUCCAUCCAUACAGCUAUUAUCAUGUGGUUUGGUCAAGGAGAAUCCUUUAGGCAGUAAAUUUUUGCCCGAGCUUUCUAAUUCAGGAAGCUCCCAGAUAGUGAAUGGAGACAAUAAUGUUCUUGAUGAAGAUUCUUCCAAUUCUGAAAGGUCCAGAAUUAGUACUUCGAGGAGAAAGAAGAGACGAACAAACAAAAAGAAGAGAGCGGUCAUUAAAAGUAAAUCCCAGAUCUCAGAAAAAGAUGGAUCAUUGGCGUUACAGUGGUUCCACACUCUGAAAAUGGCCGCUUGUAGUUUGUACUCUGCUUUUAGACAGCCAAUCAUUUUGAGACCAAUGGCGUGGUUUUUCCUAGCACAUGUUUCUGUUCCAAACCUUUCAACUGUCAUGUUCUAUUACCAGACAGAGUUCUUGAACUUGGAAGCAUCAUUUCUGGGGACUGUACGUGUUGUUGGGUGGUUAGGCCUCAUGCUUGGAACAUUCACUUAUAAUCAUUACUUGAAGAAGAUGAGACUAAGAAGAAUUCUGAUGUUGGCUCAUGUUGGUUAUUCUUUCAUGAGUCUUCUAAAUAUUGCUUUAGUGGCUCGAACAAAUGUUGUAUUUGGCAUAUCGGAUAAGAUCAUGGUGCUAUGUGGUUCUGCUUUUCAUGAUGCCAUCCAUCAAUUCAAGUUUAUGCCAUUCCUCAUAUUAUCUGGACGGCUAUGCCCGCCCGGUAUUGAAGGGACUUUAUUUGCCCUGUUCAUGUCAAUAAACAAUCUUGGGGCCACCAUCGGAUCAUUUAUGGGUGCUGGGUUGGCUUCAGUUCUAAACAUCUCUUCGGGUUCUUUUGACAACCUUCUUCUGGGCAUGGUGAUUCAAGUCCUCUGCACUUUCAUCCCAAUUGCUUUCCUAUUUUUGAUACCAAAGGAGGCUACAGGGAUAUCGACAUAAUUUAGUUAGCAAAUGAUAAAGUGAAACAGGAAUCACCAAGAAACUGAAGAUGAAACAGGUACACUUUUCUCUUUUUUUGACUCACAAGCUCUUUUCGACUCAGAUAGCAGUUGAAAAUAAUAUAUCAAACAAAAACAUCCAAGCUAGAAUUCCUGAGCUUUAAUACUUCUCCAUUUUGUGGUUGUCUUUGUAACAUAUUACAUCAUUUUUUUUAAGUAGAUGAAUUCAAAAUACAUAGGGUAUUGCUUAAUGGUGUGAUACUGAUAUUGAUUAAAAGCAAGGAUCACUUCACCAUAGUUAGAUUGUGUUCA